CUCGAUCAUAGCCGUGUGGCAGAUACACAAAGAAGUUCGCCGUGCCUUUAUUAGAUUCACGUUUGAUUUUCCGUGUCUCGUGCACGCGACAUCGGUUACCCGUGACGAUCGAGAAUAUUCAGUGCAUUUACGAAUACCCGAAUAUUAGCCCGAUCCGUUCGCUUUCGAGAACACGUAACUGGUUGUUUCCUCAGAAACAUGGCCGAAUAUCGUUUCGACGGUGUGGUGAAAUUGUGUGUACAGAAUCAUUAAAACGACGUCCUGGUCGACCGAGUAGAUUUAAUUGCCGGUAAUAUGACGUCGAUACACUUCGCCGUCCAUCCGUUACCCGGAACCGACGAUCAGCUGAACGAUAGGUUGAAGGAAGUGGCAGAGAAGAUCAACAGAUAUGGAUUCGCGACGUUACCAGCGUUUAAUGGACUAAAGAUAUCAGUGAAACGCAUUGUUGUUGGACCAACACAUAUUGCUCUUCUUACGGAAGACCAUAAAGUUUGCAGAGUUGCAUUUACAGUAUUGUCGGACAGAUUGGACUUAAGCAAAAAUGAACCUAAUAGAAACACCAGUAAGAAUCAUGUUGGGAAUUCUAAUUCAGCUUCGAAUGGUGGUGGAAGUAGCGGAAGUGGAGGUAGAGGGAUGUCUAGAACGCGUGCAAGAAUUAUGCGCGGCAGUUCUCGAGGUGGCAGCAGCGGAGGAAGCGGCGGCGGAGGUAGGAUAGGCCCUCCAGGUGUAAUUAUGGGAGGAGGCAGCAGCAGUAGCUCGCGUCCCAUUGCACCCGUGCCUGCAUCAUUUGUACCCGAAGAUCUUAUCUCGCAGGCUCAAGUGGUAUUGCAAGGAAAAAGUCGCAAUCUUAUUAUUAGAGAAUUGCAGCGUACAAAUUUAGAUGUAAAUUUAGCAGUAAAUAAUUUGCUAUCACGAGACGAUGAGGAAGGCGACGAUGCGGAAGAUGCAGGGGAUACGUAUGUCCCUGAAGAACUGAUAUCUUUGUUAGAUGGUGGUUCCUUUAACGAACAUUCUGUCAUAAUCGACGCAGAUUCUAUGUUUUCCGAAGACAUGUUUGGAUAUACAGGAAUGAGAAAUCGUGGAAAUUCUUCGCGCAGAAUAGGCAAUGACAGGGAAAGCGAACGCACGUCUGAACGAGACAGAGAUCGCGAUAGUUUCAGUAGAUGGAGGGAUCGUCAAUAUUGUGGACCACGUCGGUGGCUGGAAUCAGCGCUUAAAGACUCGUGGGAAAAAGAUUCUGAUAAAAAGAAAGAGCUAGCAUCUCAAAGCCCAUUAUGGAUAUCGGAGGAAUUGGAAUGGUGGCAUGAACGUAGCAACGACCCUUCUCCUCGUUUCGUACAGAUCGCUUCGCUUUACAGCGAAUUAAUUGCUGUUUCCACUACGGGUCAAUUGUACCAAUGGAAAUGGUCGGAAUCUGAACCGUACAAAGAUCCAGAGAAUCCAAACGUACAUCAUCCGAAAGCUCAGUGGUUAGCAAUAACAACAGAGAAGAUAGUUAAUAUAUCUGCGACAGCAAUUCGAUGUUCCGUUAGUACCGAAAGCGGCAAGGUAGCUACUUGGCUCGACGAGCUCCUAGGACACGUUGCUUCUCGUCUUGAACACCCAGCUCAAACUUUUACUGAAUUUACAUUGGACAAAAUAGUGUCGCUCCAUACUUGCGCUUUGUACACUGUUGCCAGACUCGAGAGUGGUACGCUGUACUGGUGGGGUGUGCUGCCUUUUGCACAGCGUAAGAAGUUAUGGGAAAAAUACAAGACUAAGUCGCGCAAACACAGACCGUCGACAGUAUCAUCGAACGACAUUAGUUACGGCACACAUGUUUGUAUGAAGAAUAGUCCUAUAUAUCAACCUGGAGCGAUAGGAUUUACAAUUGCUAACGGAGUUCCGAAAGUAGGACAAUUAUUCGCAGCAGCUUGGAAUCUAGAUUCUACUUGCAGAUUUAAAGUAUUUACAGCUGGAAGUCACUUACCUAGUUCUAACGGCGAUAAACGCGAAGCAAGUGGAAACAGCGGAACCGGUACUAUUAAUAAAACAAAUCAUAAAGAGACCGCUGAUCGUCUUGACAUGCCUCCACCACCCUCACCAGCUUCGAGCACAUGUAGCGACACUGGUAGCAUUACGACAAGUCACAAGAGACAAAAACGGGUCACACCUCGUAGCGAAGGAGAGGCUGAACGAAAAGAUGAGGAGGACUGGCAAUUGAAGGAUGUCGUUUUUGUCGAAGACGUUAAAACUGUACCCAUUGGUAAAGUCAUCAAAGUUGACGGCUGUUACGUUGCCGUCAAGUUCUUUUCGAAGGAUUCGAAAGAAAAAGAGAAAGAAAUUAAAGAGAAGGAUUUCAAUACAUCAGAUUUUAAAGAUUUGACAGCAGAAGAAUCGAUUAAAUUGUUGGCCGAUUGUAGAUUGUUAAGGAAAGACGAGUUGCAGGUAAUAAAAUCAUCUAUGAAUCCAAGAGCUCCAGAUUGUUUCCAACGAACACCCAGAAGAGUAAAUAUCGUCGAAGGAUCAAAUGAUAAUAUUUUAACUAUCGCUACCGACGGACGAGGUAUUCAUGCGAUACUAAAAAGCGGGAACAAGUUAAGCUACGUUGUGUAUAAUCUAAGCACUGGCAGAUACGUGCAAGAUUGCUAUAUUCCAUCGGAUAUAUCGUCAUUUUUGGGUCUGCAGCCACAGAACAUCCACCUUACCAGCGCUGGAGAGAACAUCGAAUGCUCCAUGAUUCUUAGAGACGGAAACAAUACGAUCUAUCCGUUGGUAAAAGAUUGCGCUGAGGCUAUCCGUGAUCCUAACUGGUUAGAUUUAGUUCCAGUGAUUUGCAUUGGUGCUUCGACCAUUCCCAUACCAAGUUGUUCAAAUUUAACCAAUAUGAAGAAUCAAGUAGCGGUUAUUGCGCUAGCAUUUGAUAAUCUUUUACUACUGCCACGUAUAUUAAGAUGCGACUACGAUAGCGUGAAGCAGGUGUUCUGUAAUUUGGAACAAGACCACAAAAACAAUGCUGCACAAAUUCAAGCAAUACUAACCGAACGUUGCGAUGGCAAUCGUAAUAUUUUACAUGCCUGUGUCAGUAUGUGUUCACCGACGUCGAACAAAGAGAACGAUCAAGGUAUCGAACGUGAAUUAGUGACGAAUACUGUUGAUGGCGCGUCUGCGCCCAUCGAGGAACCAAUUCCAACUUUAAGUUGGCCGCCUGAAGCGUUCGACAACACGUCAGGAGAAGAAGAUAGUUUACUCAGCAUCGGCGCUGCCAGUAUAUCUAUGAUGAAUAAAUCAGGCGUUGGAGUUGCCUCGAAUAAUACUUACAUCAUAGACUCGGUUGAAAGAAGAAAUAACGCGUUGCUUAUAUUAAAGUAUAUGUGCGAAAGUAACGUAUUAGCGCCUCAUCUAAAGGAACUACUCACAGCAAAGGAUGCUCAAGGUCAGACAGCAUUGAUGCUUGCCGUUUCGGUCCGUGCGUAUCACGCGGCUCUUAUCUUAUUGGACACUAUUCAAAGAGUUGGAAAAGAUCAGAAAGAAUGUUCAGCUAUGAUACUUCCUCCCGACGCGAACCCAGAUUUGUCACCAUUGUUCGUUACUUGUUGCAACGAUACCUGUAGCUUCACUUGGACUGGGGCGGAUCACAUUAACCAGGAUAUAUUCGAAUGCAGGACUUGCGGCUUAACCGGGUCUUUGUGCUGCUGUACAGAAUGCGCUCGCGUUUGUCACAGAGGGCACGAUUGCAAAUUAAAAAUAACGUCUCCCACGGCAUACUGCGACUGCUGGGAAAAAUGUAAAUGCCGCGCUCUCAUCGCUGGUCAUCAAGGUGCUCGUUACCAGCUACUAUGUCGCCUGGUAGUCAAUACCGAUCUUGCUACGAAAAUAAACUCGCGAGGAGAGAGCAUUUUGUUAUUCCUAGUUCAGACUGUUGGUAGACAGUUGGUGGAACAACGACAAUGUCGUUCAGCGCCUCGACAGCGUUCAGCGUCCGCCAGCCGCAAAGGACCUUCGUCCGACGGUUUGUGCGCGGACUCGGAUAUGCCGGACCACGACUUGGAACCUCCUCGUUUCAGUCGAAAAGCUUUGGAAAGACUGUUGAACGACUGGCCAGCUGUCCAGUGUAUGAUCAUGUCAGGAGUGACCGCAAACGGCAACGAUCAAUUGUUUGGAGAUCAGGGACAGUUGUGUCGACAGAGCGGCACUGCCUUACUUGACAAAUUCACUCACUCACUGUUGGUCAAGUGUAGCGCUGAGAUGCUCGACGCUCUCCUCACAACCCUGAUAAGGGAACUGCAAAACGAUUCCGUGCCUGGCCGACAAGAAGAAGCGAACAACGUUGCUCGUCGAUUUGUUCGAUCCAUAGCUCGAAUAUUUGUCAUUUUUACCAUAGAAAUGCCACCUGUACCGAAGAGAAGAAGCAUCAGCCAGGCCACGCAGCCUCUGAUAAAAUGCCGGAAAGUUUUCAAAGCGUUGAUUAAACUAGCCGUGGAGGAAUUAUGCGAGACUGCCGAUUCGCUGAUAGCGCCUGUAAGAUUGGGCGUUGCUCGUCCUACGGCGCCUUUCACGUUGACCAGUUCGGUCAUCGAAGUGAUCAACGGCUCGGAGGAGUUGUUCUCCAUAGAACCGUUGAUACCUCACAGCGGUGUCAGCUCUCAAACUUUAGACGCUACCUUGCAGACGCAGCAGGGGAAUAACAACAUAACUAUUGCCAGAGAUGUUUCUGCUAUGGACGAGACUGAGGGUGGCGAAGAGGUGCCUAUGGACGUGGAUGGCGACAUAAGCGAGCACGAGGAAUCUGGAGUUUCCGGGACAGUCGCAGGUCAACCGUUAGGUGAAAUCGACAGCAACGCGGGAGGCGUUGGCGAGGAACAACCUGGCGAUGGGGAAUCUGACACGGAGCUCGACCUUCUGGCUGAGGCGGAGACAGAGUCAGACUCGGAUGACAAUCACAGUAAUCAGGAUGCGGCUUCCGCACAACGCAGCGUGCAGACUGGCGCUACUGCGGGUUCAGACGGUGGAAUGGGAUCCAUUUUAUUGUUUCCCGAGGACGAGUCCGGAGAAUCGAGCCAACAGGAGGACGACGAGAGCGAAGCCGGCGAGACGGAUGAACAGGAUAACGAGGACUUUCAGAUUGGCGACGAGCAAUUGGAGCGUCGAAGUGGGUCGUCUGGCCAUUUACAUCGUAAUAAUCUCGCACCUGUUUCUAUGCAAUGGGCGAUACGUAAUCGCGAAUCGAGCAUGCGUACAGCAGGAUUGCGGGUAACAGGUGGCAGUAAUCUGGUUUUUAUUGACUCUGCAUCUUUAAGACGCACUACUGCAACAUCCGCUGUUGCAGCCGCACAAGAACCCAUUACGAUGGGUACCACUACCAGUUGUCUGGCACGUGCGUUUGGAAUUGUUAUUCGACAGAUAGCUGAUCUUUUAGUUAUGAUGCAAGACUAUAAAACCCGGGCGCCUUUUUUGCCACGGUUGAUGGAAAUUUCAUACCAAGAUGCGUUGAACUUACAGAUGUAUCUCGAGGCGCAUCUGAAACCCACAUGGGAUUGGCUGCUGACGGUGAUGGACGCUACGGAAGCGCAACUAAGAUUCGGAGUAUCUCUGACGCGUAGCGCGGAUCCCACCCAUCCCGAACACCCGUUAAACAAUGCCCCGUCGUUCACUGGAAGCAACUACACCGGUUUACUGAACACGGCCGCUUUGUCGCUGACAUUGCAAUCAAAUACAGGUCGGAAUCAACGCAGUGGUAUCGCUACGAGCUCCAAUAUCUCGACACCACAAGCUUCAAGACUCAGCGUUGGUUUUGCAGGCGUUGGCGAACCUUCGCGAAACAGUAGAGAACGCGAAGGUGGCGAUCUACACUCGGCACGGCGUGAAUUUCUGUCGUAUUGUCUGUCCUUAAUGCGUGCUCAUAACGCCGAACACAGAGACAGCUUGCCGGUGUUAGACGUCUCUGCAUUGAGACACGUGGCUUACGUAUUCGACGCGUUGGUGUACUACAUGCGUUCACUCUCGGAACCGAUGUCGUCGCGUGGCGAAACCCAGAAAGAGUCUUCGAACUACGCAGGCUGGAAUGAUCAGGAUGAGAACGACAACGACGAAGGGGAGGAAUACAAUUCCCCCGUACCUGCAACGCUAGAGACAGACUCCGUGGAUUAUCCAGAUUUACUCCAGGUUCCCAUUUGCGGGUCGGGUAAUAAUAGUAACAGUACCCCAAAAGGAAGGAAGCAUCCCUUCUUGCAAAGAUCAGAUUCCACCCUGUGUCUUGGUUCUCCGCCUUUGGAUCCGUUCGACACUAAUAUGAGCGAGGCCCUGCCAUUGGCCGAUCAACCCCAUUUACUGCAACCCCACUCGACGCGCGAGGAUUUAUUUGGUAUUCCAAAACAGCCUGCGACGAACGUGGGCCCUAAUCAGAAUCCUUUAGCAGGAUUGCCCACGAGACUCGGUUUGUCCGCGCGAAGCGCCGAUAGUCAAAAUACCGUCACGCCAACGUUUAGCCAAGUAAUUCAAGGACCUACAUUCGCGUCCACGGACGCAAGACGUAGCUCUGUCUCGGUUGGAGACUCGACGUCGGCGAAGUACACGGAGAAGCCAAAAUCGUUUAAUCAUACAACCGAUAAUCAUUCGCUUGUCGCGGAACAAAUCGAUCGAGCUCCGAUUAUAGUCUCUACUAAUAAUCAAACCGAUCAAGCAACAGGAAGUACCAAAAAUAAUAAGGACGUAUGUAAGACGAAUAGAAGCGUUAUUGUUAGAGCUGGAACCGUUUCGGAAACAAGCACAAAUAAAGCAGGCGCGCCAGAAGUGUUGGUGGUAUCGACCGUCGAAACGCAAAAUGUAUCGGAGGACGUCGAUCCAGCGGGCACGAAUCAGGAAAUAUCGGCUCACGAAACAGUUGAAACGAGUCCAGUGGAAAAUGCCAGGGCAGUUUCGUCGAUUGGAACGAAUAUAUCCCAUAACAUUUUAUUGGGACGUUGGAGAUUGUCUCUUGAUUUGUUUGGACGAGUUUUCAUGGAGGACGUUGGCUUGGAAGCUGGCUCGGUUGUUUCCGAAUUGGGUGGAUUCCAAGUUAAAGAAGCAAAGUUCCGUAGAGAUAUGGAGAAACUUCGAAAUUCGCAACAAAAAGACAUCACUCUGUUGAAAGUUGAACGAGAUAGAACCCAAUUACUAGUACAAACAAUGAAGGAAUUAAACACACAGUACAAUUUAUAUAAUAGACGCGCCUCCAAUACACCGCCGUUAGCAGUGAAUCGCGUUAAAGUGAUUUUCAAAGAUGAACCUGGUGAAGGUUCUGGAGUUACUAGAAGUUUCUAUACCGCGAUCGCAGAGGCGUUGCUUGCGAACGAAAAGCUGCCUAAUCUCGAAGCGGCACAAGUGGGAUCAAAAUAUGCGCAAUACAAUGUUCUUCAGAAAUUAAAAAAUCGAGAUCUCGAUCGCGAUUUGCAACGACAGAAUCCUCGAUCUUCUGGAAAAUGUCGCGAGACACGUAGAGCAUUAUCUUUCGAAGCUCGUUCUUUUCAUCCAUCAGGCUCUGUCGAAGGAAGCAGUAGUUCUGGGCCUGGUAGUUCAUCCUCUAAUUCCCAUCCGUUACCUGUUAGUCACCCAAUUAACGAUCACUUGACCAUGCGCCAACAACAUCUCGGGGACAGACUGUAUCCAAAAGUUUACACAUUACGGCCCGCGUUAGCUGAGAAGAUAACCGGUAUGCUCCUAGAGCUAUCGCCAGCGCAGUUGUUGAUGUUGUUAGCUUCGGAGGAUGCUCUGCGGCAAAAAGUGGAAGAAGCAUUUGAAUUGAUCCACAGUCAUAGCCAGGACUUGGCGAGCGAGGCGCUGCUGGACUUGGACGUGUUCAGUCUAACGGCGCGCUGCGGAGCUAAUAAAAAAAAGAUUGAAAACAGCAUUCUAGACGAUACCGAAGACAAUGCUCCUCUCUUUUAUUCGCCAGGGAAAAGGGGUUUCUAUACACCGCGACAAGGAAGAGGCAGCUACGAACGACUGAACGCUUUCAGAAACGUAGGCAGACUUAUAGGAUUGUGUCUCUUACAAAACGAACUGUGCCCGAUAUUUUUGAAUCGUCACGUAAUAAAAUACAUUCUGGGAAGGCCGAUACGUUUCCAUGACCUCGCGUUCUUCGAUUCUGUAAUUUAUGAAAGCCUGAGGCAACUCGUUAUCGACUCUGAGACUAAGGACAGUAACAGUUUAUUCUCUGCUCUCGAUCUUAUGUUCAGUAUUGACUUGUGUCCCGAGGAAGGAGGGGGAUCAAUUGAACUUAUACCUAAUGGCCGUGACAUAGUAGUGACAGCGAGCAACGUUUACGAUUACGUACGAAAAUAUGCCGAAGUUCGUAUGAUUAAGGUACAAGAAAAAGCAUUGCAUGCGAUGAGAGAAGGGGUAUUCGACGUGCUCCCGGAAGGAGCGCUCGACGGUUUGACAUCCGAAGACUUGAGGCUUCUUUUAAACGGGGUUGGUGAUAUUAAUGUCUCCGUGUUGAUAUCAUACACUUCGUUCAACGACGAAUCAGGAGAAUCUGUGGAUAGACUAGCAAAAUUCAAGCGAUGGUUAUGGUCUAUCGUCGAAAAAAUGUCGCACACAGAACGACAGGAUUUGGUGUACUUUUGGACAGGAUCGCCAGCAUUACCAGCAAGCGAAGACGGUUUUCAACCAAUGCCAAGUGUGACAUUACGGCCAGCGGACGAUGCCCACUUACCAACUGCAAAUACAUGUAUUUCUCGACUAUACGUUCCAUUGUACAGCUCCCGGCAUAUAUUAAGACAUAAACUACUUCUCGCUAUCAAGACAAAGAAUUUUGGAUUCGUAUGAACAUACAUGUAUAUAUAUAUAUAUGUAUAUAUAUAAAUAUAAAUACAUAUAUAUAUAUAUAUAUUACGUAUGUAUAUAUAUUUAUAUAUAUAACGUGACCAUGUUUGUGCGCAAAUAGCCCUAAAAAGAAGUCACACUAUUGAUAAUGAUAUAAGAAAAAAAAAGUUGUAUGUUGUUAUUUUUUUCCUUCCUAGAAAAAAAUUUUUAACAUUUAUAAAUUUAUAAGGUGUAAUUAUGAAUUCUGAUUUCUCUUAUUGAAAAAGUGGUUUUCAUCAUGAUAAGAUUUUAUGUUAAAGUGUCAUCAUUAGUCUUUAUAGUGAUCGAAUAAAACUUUCUCAAAAAUUAUAA